UUUUAACCCAAGCCACUUUUUCUGUUGCUGUACAACAAAGUUGCUUGAAAUUCGGCAUAAAACUUCCUUUGUGUGAAAAAGGAAUGGUUUAUUCACAAUGAUAGAAAAUCAGUGUCGGCAGGGCUUGUACUGGAAUAGCAAAUGAGAAGCUGCUGCCUGCUUAUUCACAAGCUGAACUGGAACAGAUUUCCUCUUCACCAGGUGACAAAUUUUAAGCACAUGUAACCACAUUUGCAUAUUUCUCUUAAAGCUAUGGACUUAACCAAGGUUCAGUAUGCAUCUACUGUAGUGUUUAACCUUAGUGUAUGUAUUAGGCAAAUUGUAUUAGCUGAAGGGAGUGGAGACUUGAGUAGUGUUUUGUCUCUACAUCUAAAUUGUUAAUGAACUUUUGCUUGUGAAUGAGGAUGUACAAUUAUGCUCACAGAGCAACAAGGGGGAUCUAGCAAGUCAAACAUGCUUCCUCUUCUGUAAGAGCAGAAAGGGUGGGUUCUUAGCUUUCUGUUCCUUACUAUAAAAUUACAGAGUGAAAAUUGGCCUAGAAUAACUCCAGUUUCUGGGGUUAUUGUACCCCAGAUUUUGUUCUGAACUGUGUUACAUGCAGUGGUGGUAUUGACACAAUUCACUUUUCUUAAGAGAAUGCACGGUGGGUUUUUUUUUAUAGCAUUCAUGCAACACCUCGAGUAAAACCACCUUUAUCCAAGUGCAGGAAAUUACACAAACAAAUUUUCUUUUUUUAAAAAAAGAAGUAUGAUCUUACUUGUGUCCUCUCUCUUGGAAUUAAAGUGCAGUGGGUAUGUGAUGCUUUUAUGGUGCGUAUUUUAAGGCAAAUAUUUGAUAGGCUUUGUCCUAAUUUCCCUUGUUCAGUGAAGAUGCAUAAAUACUGUUCAGUCAUUAUGAAAUCGUUCGCUAGGAAACCAGAGUUCAUUUUGUGAUGUCACACCUGCACAAGAUAGGUCUCAUUGUGAUGUUCUAGAACUCCCUAUUGAAGCUCCCUACAAGCUAGCAUCAUUUUUAAUAGGCCUGCUGCUGCCUUAUCAGCAUGGUUUGACUAAUAGUAUAAAUGGCUACAGCUGAAAAAAAUUACCAGAAUGAGAAGAGAGAAAUGGACAUGGACCUUCCUGCUGCACAGACUCAACACUUUUCAGCUGAAGAUGAAAUAGUUCAUUCUGCAAUAUCAAUUUCAUCUACUCCGUUGCAUGAUAAAACUGCAGCUGGUGACACUGCCUUGAGGUCUAUGAUAGAAGAAAAUGCUUUUCAGGCUUUGAAUGAUGGACCCUGGGCAAAAAGACCACGGCUUACUCUCUGUGAUGAUGGUUCUCUUGAAGACAAUGAUUUCCUAUCCCUCACCUUCCCAAAGAAGCUUUGGAAAAUUGUUGAAAGUGAUCAGUUUAAGUCACUGUGGUGGGAUGAUGAUGGGAAUUGUGUAGUGAUAGAUGAAGAGCUUUUUAAAAAGGAAGUUCUAGAGAGGAAAGGACCACUGCGCAUUUUUGAAACUGACUGUAUGAAAAGCUUCAUUCGUCAGCUCAAUCUCUAUGGCUUUAGCAAGAUGAGGCAGAAUUUUCAAAGGUCUGCCUCCCUUGUCGAAUUUUUAGCUGAAGAAAAAGCUGCUUAUGCAUUUAGCAAGUUACAGUUCUACCACAACCCAAAUUUUAAGAGAGGCUGUCCUCACCUUCUUGCAAGGUGCAAGAGAAGAGUUGGGAUCAAAAACACACCACCUAUUGCUUUCUCCUUAGAUGAGGACUUCAGUGAAAGCUGCUUGAAGAGCAGGUCAAGAAGCCCAGAAGGUCAAACUACUCUGGGACCUGCUACUAGAGAAAGUAACUUCCUUGCAGCUUCCCCAAAGGACAAAAUGCACAAAGCUGGACUCCGAAAACCUACUAUGCCAAAGGGCCUUGCUGGAGCAGCAGCCCGGCUGAGAAGUGGAUACACUGCUUCCCCUCCAACCCCUCUGAGGUCCUCUGAACAGGCAGCCCCGGAGGACAAUGACAGCAAAGUAAACCAGCUAGCUCCUUUCCAUCUGCCCCAGCACACCAAUCAUGCUCGAGUCAACACACAUGAGAUAGACUCGACCACCACCACAUCUGCUACCUCUUUGUAUCAUGUCAUACCUCCUGUACCCAACAACCCCUUUGCACCGGUGAUGGGGUUGCCAGCCUUCCCAACCAUGUACCCAGACUUAUCAGCCAUGCAGGCUCAUUGGGCUAGUUUACUCCCGUUUUGUAACCCAUGGUUUUCCAUGCCUAUGAUAGCAGCGGCUUCUGCCAUUUCCAUGUCAAGAUCUUCCCAUCAUCAUCGAACUCCUUCAUAUCACCAUUGCCCUAAUUGCAACUGUGCUUCAAAUGCUACUUCUGCUUCCAAAGGAGUUGGACCCAAAGCGACAGACUACAGUGGUUACCAUCGAUGAAACAGAGGGCAGACUGGAGGAGAAAAAACAACCCCACCCCUUUUUAAAAUAGAGAAAAUCAGAAUGACGUGGACUGAAGAAUAAAACCUCUUUCUUUCCUUUCCUCCUGUCUUGUCUACCUAGGUUAACUUUUCAUAUUUCAUCCUAGAGGGAUUAGGAGUAACUUGCUUCCUACGAUGGUCUAAUUGUGUGAAGUGUAGACUUUAAAAGGGGGCUAGUAGGAUAAUAGUAAAUUUUAUUUGGGUUGCCAGCUUUUUGCUGUUCCUGCAGAUGAAAACUGUGAUGCACAUUUACUUGGGAGUUUUCUCUGUCAUCCAAUGGGAGUAUUUUGAAGCAAGUGGAUUGCCACCAGAAGGAAUGCAUUUGCUGAACUAUACAGCCCAAGCAAAAUACCUCAUGUUUUAUGAUGGCAUGAGAAAACACGUGGCCGAGAUGGUUUCGAAAACUAGCUUGAAGUUCUAAAAAUGAGUGAGUAGCAUUAUAUCCUAAGAAGGAAUGGCUUUGCCAGGGAUACUUAACACACACACAUAUUUCAGGAGAGGGCAGAUUUUGAUGGAGACACUUGAAUUAUCUCUCAUUCAACACUGUCCUUUGUAAACCUUUCACGUUUUGUUUGAUAUGCAAUCAAAAACAAAAAAGGGUAAGUUUUCAGUAAGCAACUUCUACACUAUAAUAAAGUACAGUGGUACCUCUACUUACAAAUUUAAUGCAUUCCGAACGCACAGGUUUUGAUGGCAUGCUUAUUUAUGGUAUGAAAAAGCAAAAAUAUAUAAAGGGUUUCACAACCAUAUAAUGAGAUCACUGUUCAAAGUGUGGGGGAAAUGCCGGUAUAAAGAUUUAUUAGAACCUAAGACAUCUUGGAGGGACGCGGGUGGCGCUGUGGGUUAAACCACAGAGCCUAGGGCUUGCCGAUCAGAAGAUCAGCGGUUUGAAUCCCCACGACAGGGUGAGCUCCUGUUGCUUGGUCCCAGCUCCUGCAACCUAGCAGUUUGAAAGCACAUCAAAGUGCAAGUAGAUAAAUGGGUACCACUCCAGCAGGAAGGUAAACGACGUUUCCGUGCGCUGCUCUGGUUCACCAGAAGUGGCUUAGUCAUGCUGGCCACUUGACCCAGAAGCUGUACGCCAGCUCCCUCAGCCAGUAAAGCGAGAUGAGCGCCGCAACCCCAGAGUCAUCCGCGACUGGACCUAAUAGUCCUUUACCUUUACCUUUAAGACACCUUGGUGGUUAUCACCUAUUGAGGCAUUGCCACUUAAAACAUUGGGAAAAAAGGAGAGAAUGGCCAACACAUAGAGACUUAUUAGUAGAAGAGGGGAAACUAAAAUUGAAAAAAUAUGAAGAAAUAAAGGUUCUUCAAAGUUGGUUGCGCCAUAGACAGCUAAAGGAUAUCUUCAAAGAGGACAAUAAAGGUUUUUCAUAUUCAGUUUCCAAAUUCCAAAAGGAAGUGCUAGAAGAAAAUUCGAAACUAUUAAAAAAGGCAUAUAAUAUCCUUUUGGAGUGGGAAACUAAAGAUGAAGAAUUAAAAUCGGUAAUGAUAAAAUGGGCACAAGAUAUAGGUAUACAAUUUGAAGAUCAGAUAAACUUGUGGAAAGUAAAUUUGAAAUUUACGGAUUGUGUAUUGCUGAGAAUUACAUGAAGAUGAUGUAUAGAUGGUGCCUAUUAUUAGCCAAAUUGGCAAAAAUGUAUAAAAAUGAAAAGAAAGAGUGCUGGAGGUGCAAGGCUGAAGGUACUUUUUAUUAUAUGUGGUGGGAUUGUAAAAAUGUAAAGCUGUAUUGGGAAAUGAUAUAUAAUGAAUUGAAGAAAAUGUUGAAAAUAACAUUUGUUAAACAACCAGAAGCCUUCCUGUUAGGCAUUUUAGGUCAAGAUCUGCCGAAAGAGAAGAGGACACUAUUUAUGUAUGCUACUACGGUGGCGAGAAUUCUGAUAGCACAAAAGUGGAAGACUGGAGAAAUGCCAACUAAAGAACAAUGGGAAGAGAAAUUGAUGAACUAUGCAGAACUGGGAAAAUUGACAGACAGACA